AUGUAGGUAGGUAGAUAAAAGUAGAAAGGAAUUGAUAGAAAAUAAAAUUCUAUCUAAUAGAUUACGAUAAAAUGCAAUUUAUAUUUUCUUUAAUUUUAAAUAGAAUAGAAAAAUAAAUUUGAUUUGCAAAGUUGCUUAGAAAAUAAUUCUGCUAUUUCUAUUUAAUUAGGAAGUAUGCAUGAGUGA